AUGUAUCAAAAUCUCUUCCACCGUACGAAUAUCUCCGCCCUCGUCUUGGCCGUUCUCUCGGCCAUUUGGGGCCUCUUGGUGGCCCUCGACGGGCCCUUCCUGUUCUUCGUCCAGGCCCUCAAGUGCCCGGAUGUGACCGUGAUGGAUGGGGUUUGGGGCCCCAUGGAAAGCACCGCGGCCGCCCCCACGCCCGCGGCCACCACGGGCACCAAGUGUACCGUGAAGUUUGACGGCGAGUCAAUGCGAAAUGUGGGGGACCGUUUUAAGGUGUAA